AUGGUAAUGGAACACAGUGCCCUGUCACACUUCUUCAAAACAGGAAAGGUGUUCCAUACAGUAGAUGCGUCGGCGCCGGGCAAAAUAGAUCCGAAUGUGGAAAGUAUGCUUAUAUCUGGGCUAGAGACUUUAGCAGGCUUAUUCGACGACGUAUACCUGCUGAAAAGCUUCGGCAUCAUUAGUGAAGUUAAUUACGUUUACAAAAAGGUUAACAAAGGAGGACUUUGCUCUAAAAUAUGGUUGGUAUCCUUAAUAUUGUCCUCAAGGCGAUGCAUCAGCGACUUGUUCCAGUUAGCUGUCUCAAGAUCUAGGCUGAAGAGGGAAGAAAAGCAUUUCAAUAAUUGCAUCACAAAUUCUUUCCGCAAAGCACUGCACGAGAAAAUUGCGCUUAAAGUUCAAGAGAUCGAUAGAAGGCUACGAUUGACAAUUUUAGACUUAUUACAGAAUUUAGCGUAUCUUGUCGUGGUGGCUAUUGAUGUUUUUUCCAUUAGUAUAAGUCAGAGGUGGAGACACAUUUUGGACAGGUUAUCGGGAUUUUUCAGCGUCUUGAAAUUACUCUUAAUGGGCAAUGUUAUUCCAGGCACAUGA